AUGGGGGCUUACCCCGGUUUGGCGUACACACCCACGCCGAGAGGCCCGGGGGGGCUGCUCGUAGGCGAAGGGAAGCGGGUCCAGCUGCGGCGAGCCGAGACCGUGGCAGGCUGCUUGGGUGCGGGAACGGAAGGGGGAUGCCGGGGGUCGGGCCGAGCCAUCCGGCGCAGGUGGGCGCGUUGGACGCAGGCCCUCAUUAGCAGCAAUAGUGCGCCGAGCUUCCGCGCGCCCGGCUGCCACGCGCCCCACAGCGCCCCGCGCCCCGCGCGGAGCCGCCGUUUCCCGUCUCUGCCGUUGCUGCCUCAGGCGCCGCCGCCCGGUAAGAUGCAGAAGGGCUGGAAGAAGUACUUCGGGCAGAAGUCCUUCAGCGAGGUGGCCAUGGAUGAGUAUCUGGGCAGAUUGGGGCUGUACCGUAAGAUGACGGCCAAGGACGCCUCCUGCCUCUUCCGAGCCGUUUCGGAACAGUAUGUGGAAGGAUCAUUUGAGAAAUACCUUGAACGCCUAGGAGAUCCAAAGGAAAGUGCUGGUCAGCUGGAAAUGAGUGCUCUCUCCGUGAUGUACAAGCGAGACUUCAUUCUGUAUCGGUACCCAGGAAAGCCACCCACCUAUGCUACAGACAGUGGUUUUGAAAACAAGUCAUCUGUAUUAUAUGAGGUCCUGUACAAAGAUGUGUUUGGCAUGGAUGAAGAAGAAUUAAGGUCUGCAGUUGAGCUGUUUCGAAGUGGAUCCAAGAAGAACAGAAACAGUGGCCCUGUAGGAAGUGAAGAUGCAAACUUUGAUUAUCUUCAUGAAAAACUAUCCAGAAAACCAUCAGAAAAGAGAUUGGACAACUGGGAAAGAAAUGAAACUGACAAUCCACAGGAAGAUAGGUUCAAACAAGGCAGUGAAGAGGAAAAGCCACCAGAAAAUCCAAAGAUGCCUGUUCCUUAUAAAGUGCUAAAGGCACUGGACUCUGAGAUCUAUCGCAAUGUGGAGUUUGAUGUUUGGCUGGACAGCAGAAAAGAGCUUCAAAAAACUGACUACAUGGUGUUUGCUGGGAGACAGUACUAUAUAGGAGACAAGUGUCAGGUACGGCUGGAGCCUGGAGGUAAGUAUUACAAUGCUCAUAUCCAGGAGGUUGGGCAGGAUGGCAACACGUUGACUGUAUUCGUUGAGGAGCUGGCAGAAAAGCAUACAGUUCCUUUGGCAGACUUAAAACCAGUGACCCAGGUGGCCCCUGUCUUUGCUUGGAAUAUGGUUCCCAGCCGAAAGGGAGGAACCUAUCAGAAGAUAACAGGUGGAUACUUCUCAGCAGUAGAAAUGGAUGUGAAAACACGGAAGAGAAUGUUGAAGAAAAUUCGUGGGAAGGAAGUCUUUAUGGCUGUGGCUUACAGCAGGGGUCAGCCAGUCCUUCCACCUCGCCUACAGCACAGCAUUCCUUCGGGACGCUCUCCAGUUCUCCUCUCACAGGGUGGUGGAAACAUGGCACCUUAUGAACCUUAUCACCCUCAGCACCCUCCUCAGAGACAUAACCGUGGAUUUGGGAUGCCAAGCUCAUAUACUCGGAGCCGCCGUCACAUGCAGUAUGUGAAUAAGGAAUGUCAGUAUGGGUUUGUGCCAGGGAGUGGAGAAGAGCCUCAAGCACCAGAAGAAGGUUCAGCUUUCUAUGAGAUUGAAGGAGAGGAUGAUCCUGCUUUUCCUACUUUACCAAGCCAGGGUAACCCUCCUUCUAUUGUCCAUGGUCCAUCAGGAUUUUGGGUAGCAAGGAGAGGCCAAAAUUCUGUUCCACCUAAUAAGCAAACCCUGAAUUCCUUGGAGGAGGAGGAAGAAACAAUUGAAAAUGGGAAAUUUAAUGAAGAAUUUUUCUAUGUGCCUCCAGUUUCUUCGGUGCCAUUCCCAGUUUAUUCAGCUCCUUUUUCUCCAGCGAGUGAGGUGGGAGAAGCUGGUGCUGUUCUUCCGCCUUACUCUUAUGACCCCAGUGGCAGUGAUCUGCCCCGAGAUACAAAGGUCUUGCGGUAUUAUUUUAAUCUGGGAUUGCAAUGUUGUCAUCAGAGCUACUGGCCUUCCAUGGUGUAUGUACAGUCAGUGCUGCCACCAUCACCUGUGGAAGUUUAUCCAGCGUAUGCUGAGCCAGCUUCUGUCCUAGAUCAGUCUGUACCUCAGUUUUACACUGAUGCUGGGCGAACUGAAGUCCACCAGGUUCCCUUGGAAGUGCCUGCAAAUGGUAACUUUCAAAAUGCAGAGCCUCCACCUCUGUCGUACGGGCCAGUCUAUUACCCAGUGGUGUCAGACCCCUUCAGCCAGCAAUCUGUUCCUGGGAUGGAUUCUUUAGUACCUGCCUAUCGCUGUGUUAGCACCUGGCACACAAUAAACCCACCAUAUGGAAAUUCUCCCCAGAUUGCUAAUGCUAUCUGUUUUGUGAAAGCUGUAGCACAAAUGGUGGCAGGCUUGGUGUGUGUUUUUGCACUGAUAGCACAAAAUAAAGGCAUUGAACACGUGAAAACGUGUGGUCAUUUAUCACUGGCAGUUGUAACAGUUUCUUCAGUGCCAUUCCCAGUUUAUUCAGCUCCUCUUUCUCCAGCGAGUGAGGUGGGAGGAGCUGGUGCUGUUCUUCCGCCUUACUCUUAUGACCCCAGUGGCAGUGAUCUGCCCCGAGAUGAUCUGGAAAAAGGCAGGUUCCAAAGCACUGUGGGCUGUCUGGUCACAGGCCUGCUGCCUUCACAGCAGGAGUACCCCGAUGAGACUGCCUACUUCACAGUAUAUGAUUUUUCAGCUUUAGCAGAAUGUCCUUAA